GAUCACUGUAACAUCAGAUAUAGUAAAGAUAUUCUGCCGUGCAAAACCCAAUUUAAUCCUUUUUGCAUAAGUUCUGGUGUAAUUGUAACCAUGUUCGACUUGAUCCAUAACCUGUUGGCAGUUCAAGAAACUCAACAAUGAGAAUCAACAACAGAUCUUUGCAAGAUAUUUUUCUCAGGCAAAAACAUAUUUUAAUGCUAUCAAUAAUAGAGUGCAUGUAAUGUGAAGCGCUGAAGGAGGCAGGAAUGUGUCGGCAGAGGAACUGAAACGCUCAUCAGCAUCCUGUCACAGGUUUGGUCACGAAGAAAAGGCGCCUGAACAAGUCAGAUUAAAUACAUUUUCUGUGGUGAAGACGCGAGUUAACAGUUUUGAAAAUGUCUGACACAUUAGUGGUAUGUGAUGUUGACCCUGAACUGAAGGAGAAGCUGAGGAAGUUCCGUUUCCGUAAGGAGACUAACAAUGCUGCCAUAAUUAUGAAGAUCGACAAAGACAAACAGCUGGUAGUGCUGGAGGAAGAAUAUGAAGAUCUUUCCCCUGAGGAGUUGAAAAAUGAACUUCCUGAAAGGCAGCCUCGAUUUCUGGUGUAUAGUUACAAGUAUUGUCAUGAUGAUGGCAGAAUUUCAUAUCCUCUCUGUUUCAUCUUUUCCAGCCCUCUUGGCUGUAAACCUGAGCAGCAGAUGAUGUAUGCUGGCAGCAAGAACAGACUGGUUCAGACAGCAGAACUCACCAAGGUGUUUGAAAUUCGGAAUACAGAAGACUUAACAGAGGAGUGGUUAAAAGAAAAACUUGCCUUCUUCCGCUGAUAGGCUAUACCAUUUGAGGGAUCCUUGUACACGCUUGUAUAGUGCACUGAAAGCCAUGAACUAAAUAACUCCUCAGUCCUUCACUGCCUUAUUUUGUCAUGUCAUUUUGUACAGUACAGUGCUUUUUUUCUUCCAUCCUUUUGUUUUUUUUUAAUGACUAGCACUUUUAACUAUCCUAUGUUCUUUAUAUUCUUCUCAGCAAGGUCAAGGUCAAGCAGUAAAACUGCAAAUUAAUUUUUUGCCUUCAGGGAAUGCAUACUCCAUAGAUAGUAGAGAGCCAUGGCUUUAUUAUAAACUGUAUUUUGGUUCAUAUACAAAGAUGGAGCUUUCUCCAUCUCUUAAAGCAUGUGAACAUUCUAUUAUUUCCACACCCUUUACUCUCCUAUGAUUACUUGCCUUACUCUGAAGUCUUUGGUACUAAUGCCAUGAACCCUAGGUAGAACAGUACAGCAUGUUUCUGUCUUCUGGUACCUGUUUCUCUUUGAGAAGGAACUUAUUUCAAUGAGGGGCUGUUCAUAGAAACUGGUCAAUGUCUACAUUAAAGAUGGUUGCUAACAAAACUCUGUUUACACAAAACACAAAUGAAUUUUUUAAAAAAGUAAAAUAAAGUUGUCAUUUCUAGAAAUGGUAGGUACAGGGUUAGACUACACCGAAUGAAUGCUGGUGGAGCAUGAAUGUAUGUGGAUGCAGUUGGUUGGAGCAGAUGAAGCAUAUUAGAAGCCACAUUUUUGAGUAAGGUAGUGGCAUGCCCUGAUUAAAAUUGGAAACAUAUUACAUUCCAAACAUUAAUCAAGGAAGGUACUAUCAAGAAAGUGUAUACCAGCAUAGAGUAUAAGGAAGAAACUGGAAUAAAAAGUACUUUUAUCUGGUGGCAUUGUUGGAAGUCCUUUAACCAUGGUAUGCUUAAAAGGAUACUGGAAUUAAAAUUCUUAACUUCCUUA